GCGGGCAGCGCUGGCUCGGGGCCGGCGUAGCGCGGCGGGGCCCGGCAGUGGGCGGUGGGGCAGCAUGAGCGGCGUUGUGCGGCUGGGCUGGCGGCUGGGUGCCGCUGCCGCGCGGGGCCGGGCCGGGCGGCCGCUGAGCCAGGCGCCCGCGGGCGGCGACGAGGUUGGCGGGGCCCAGGGCGGCGGCAGCGGCUCGGGGUCGCGGGAGGCGGUGGAGCGGCUGGUGCGGGCGCACCCGGUGGUGGUGUUCAUGAAGGGCAGCCCGGCGCAGCCGCUCUGCGGCUUCAGCAACGCCGUCGUGCAGAUCCUGCGCCUGCACGGCGUGGAGGACUACCGCGCUCACGACGUCCUGCAGGACCCCGAGCUCCGCCAAGGAAUAAAAAACUACUCUAACUGGCCUACCAUCCCACAAGUGUACCUCAAUGGUGAAUUUGUUGGUGGCUGUGAUAUACUCCUCCAGAUGCAUCAGAAUGGGGAUCUCGUAGAAGAGCUGAAGAAGCUAGGAAUCCGUUCAGCGCUUCUGGAUGCAGAAAAAGACCAAGACAAAAAGUAAAAUGGGCAAAAAAAGAUACAGUGACAGGAAUAAAGCAAAUCUUCGAUAAGAACUUGUUACCAGUAAAGCCUUAUGUACUUCAGCUCAAAGAAGGCAUCUUUUUGAACUGACACUAAGAUUUAUCUGUGAAUGUCUGUUAGCUCAUGGUAAAUGUAGUGAUGUUGGUAUUUUGAUUUAUGGAUAUUGUGAAAAUUUGAGUAUAAGCACUGCACUGUAAAGCAUACAUUUGUGGAAAUUUGUGUUUUAGAAAAGAAAAAGUUCACUUCUAAAAGCAUUCUCUUCUUGAUUGAAGUGGAAGUAAACCAAAAGAAUGAAUAAUAUUUUUAUGGAUUUUGAGUGUGUGUUUUGCUGUUCUUUGAUACAUGAACCUACGCAAAUAGCAUAUGCAUUCCCUUGCUUCUCUUGAAAAAGCAUUAAGUAACAGUGCAUCAGUUUUGCUGAACAACUCCUGAUGAUAAGACUUCCUGAGAGCCUGUAAAACUUCUGUAAUCACAUAUGGUAUAGGAAAAAAGAGUCUUCAAACAAUACAGGAGAAAAAAGAUUAUAUGAGAGUGCAUGAAAUAAUAACUUUUAUUCCAAAGGGUAAAAAUAAACAGACUUGUACAAAUAUAUGUAUAAUGGUCAUUAUUACUUUGUAACUUUCUGAUGGCUUUUAAAAGAUUGCUAAGAAUUGUGCCUAAAGAUUUUAUAAAACCUUUUCUACCUCUUGCAAAGCAGCUUUCCUCCCUGCUUAUGUACUUUGUGUAUUGCAGUUCCGUGUCAGUGCUAAAAUGUGGGAAUUGUUUAAGGCUUCAGUGUUCUAGCCUAAAAUAGUACAUGAGAAUACUUCAGUUACUACUGUAAUCUUGUAUUAUUUGCUAGUUACCAAGUUAUCUUUUUAUAUUUGUUGUAUUUUCUUCUGACUGCAGUGCUCCAAAGAAUAUGGUCUUCAAAUUUGGGAUUAACAGAUGAAAUAUUUCGCAUAGAUGAGUGCAGCAGAGGGGCUACUGAUGAGAUAAAUAUUUCUUUGUGGAAAGUCUUUAAUACCUAUGUAACCACAGUUCCCUAAGUCAAAACAAAUUAUAUUGACCAGUGUAGCUUCAGCUGUACAGCAAUACUGCUAAGGUUAAAAGCUAACCAAACUGUUUCUAAAUGCAGUUUACUUUUAUUAAUACAAACCAGUUUGCAUGUGAAUUAGGCAAAUGAUUUGAAAUAAACUGUAUUUCUUUUUUUUUUUUGUCCACAAUAGUUCCUCUGUAUUUUAAAUGAUUAAUGAAACUGAUACUACUUUUGAUUUGAAACCUAAAAUGUUUUCCACUGCAUAGAAUAGAAAGUGUGGUUUAGAGAAAGGAAUAAUUAUGAAUAGUCAGGGGAAAAGGAAUUCAGGACUGGAACUUGUAGACAAGAGAGAUUUGAAGUUCAGUUCUAAAUCUCUCCUGUCCACUUGAGCAAGCUGUCCAGUGGAGAAACUAUACUGGUACGUUCUUCAGAGUAUUUGCCAAAGUGGUUACAGUAAGCUCACCGUACAGUUUUAAUGCAAUUGGUAUCACCAGUAUUAAAUAUAACGAGUAUGUUCUCUGUGUACUCACUUGUUCAGGACAGCUUGCCAGUACUGGUGGAGGUGACUGAAUGACCACUGAGUAUGGGUAGGUUACAUCCAGCGGCUGUUACUUGUGGCUGUUGGGCAGGGAGACAUGAGUGAAAGAUUUUUGUGUUUGUAUACCACAUCACAUUGAUGAAAUGCAAAGCUUUAGGCAGAGAUGAAGGUUGGUUCAGAGCGUUUCAGCAUUACCUCUCUUUGAGUUAAAUAAGAUUUCUUAUGGCUAAUCUUUCACAAGUAGUUUUUUCCAUUCCACAUGUCAAAUAUUUAGUAAAAUAAAUGAAUUUCAGAAGUCUUCGGUUAUUCAUGUCAAAAGACCUAUUGAAAUGGAUGUACACAGUAAACAGAAUAAAUAACAAAAAUCCUUUUCUGCUUCAA